AUGGGACCAUUCCCGACCUGCGACAUCGCGCGAAAGCACCGAUACCGCUACCACUCCGUCCCUAUACCAUUCCUGAUUGGUGGGAACGAGUACGUUGUAGGCCAAUCCGAUGGACAUUAUUCGUGCCCGCUCCCGGAGUGUAAGUUCAUUUCCAAAAAGCGUGAAGCUAUUCAGAAGCACAUCAACGUCGCACACAACGCAUCAGUCAAAAUCAAGGUCUUUGAUGCUCCUGAGUGUCUUGUGGCCUCCAAACAGGUUCUCGAUCAGGACAGCGGUGUCCGCGAUGGGACUGGCAACCUCAUAUGCCCAGAGGAUGUCUGGUCCGACGAUUUAGUCCCAGAAGGUCCAUCCCGUGAGGAUGUCUGCAGCAGAGAUCCUUCCUUUGAUAUGGACUCCAGCACUGUCUCAUUGUCGCCAUCAGUAGACUACUUGAUGUCCAACGAGGUUCUAGAUUCUCUCGGCGUGUGCUUUCACAGCCAUUUGAGGUUCCUUAUCUGCUACUCGUGCAAGGUCGCAUUGACCUCCGGGAUGGUUUCUGGACACAGGAAAAAGCACCAUCAUGCGUAUCAGGUACCUUCAUCCACCAUGGAGUCAUUCCUGGACUAUUGUUCGCGGUCAAAUGUUCACGAGAAGCCAGAGCAUGUCAAGCUACCAACAGCAGGUGGACCACCUGUACAGAUGAUUGCGUCCCCCGUUGAAGGUUUUUCAUGCACUGCAUCCGCUGAUUGCGUGUAUGCCGUGAAGGAUUUAGGAACCAUUCAGCGCCAUAGUAGAGAGAAGCACAGCGUUACCGGCUUACAGGAGAUCCAGUAUCGGUCUUGUCUGGUCCAACAUAUCUUUACUGCUGUUGGCAACUCGUAUUUCGAGGUUGGGCAAAACGUCAUUCCAUCUGCGAGACCCAAUCUCAAAUCCACGCUUAAGGCUACAUUCCUACCUGCAGUUGAGCUUUCAUUGGUCGUUCCAGCCAAUACCGAACGGGAGAGGACUCCCCUGAUACGCUUCAUGGGUUGGGACAGGUUCGAGGUAGAACUCCGGAUGAAUCCAGCCCGGAGGCGGGCAGCGGAACAAAUCAAAAAAAAGCAUAGCGAUGAUGAAUUUGGCGGAAUUCUGACCCGUCUCGCUGCUGCAGUGCAAGACCACAUGGCUAGGGCAUCGACCAUCUUGGAUGGUCAUCCUCAUAGGUUGAGCCUGUCUAAAAUACUGUUGUAUGGUGACGCAAUACCGCGAGAAACGGACAAUCAUUGGAGGCCUGUGUCGGAUGAAAACGUCGAGUAUCCAGGCUUCAUUGUUCAAUUCAUGAGGGCGAUCAUGCGCGUUCACCUCGGAUUCCCAUUGGAUUUCUCGUUCGAGCUGUCUGCUGCGCAGACCCUGUGUCUCGAGGAACUUGUGACUGUGCUGGGCGACGAGAAUGCCUCCCCACGAAAGAGGAUGAUUUUCUACCAUAAUUUGGCGUGGUCCCUAGUCGAUACCGAUCCAGAUUUGUGCGUGGGCCAGCGAUGGGCAAACCCUAUCAAACGAGCCAUCUGGCUCAGGGCGUUGCGUGCGGACGGAAACUUCUGUGAAGCGUCCGUCCUCACACCAGAUCUUGCAAAGUUUAAAUAUCUUUGCAACGUCACAUCCCUCCUUGAGGCGCUGAUGGACAAAGACGAGGAUACGGACUCAGUACAUUCAGACGACCAUGACCGCGUUGCUCGUGUUCAUGAUCGGGUGCUACGCCUCGGCCGUCCGACUACGUUCAACAUCAUCUAUGAGAUGCAGCAAUAUGCGUCCUCUUUGGUGUUUAGUCAAACCAGAGAACCCAAUGUCUAUGUCGAUCCAGACGUCAAGUCCAUCACGAUAGGCGUCCACACCAUGCACAUGGACAAGCUGAGAGACGGGAUACAAAGGCUCCUCCAGGUGUCAAAGUCGCGCUAUUCCGCCCUCACCAAUGACAUUUUCAUGUUGAAGAUGGUGCCAGAGCAGGUCAAGGACGACCUCACCAACUCUACUCGUGGCUAUUCGCUCGUAUCGGAGGACCCCUUUUUUAAAAAUCGCCACGCCAUGUUCUUUUACUUGGUUGAUCACUACGACCUGGCAAUGGUCGACAACGCAGGACGAAUCGCAUGGAACAUCCCCGGCAUCAAGGAUCUGCUCAGACGCUCGUCAUGCGUCUGGGAGCCCAUCUACCAUCUUCUGUACAUCACCACUCACAUCUCAUGUCGCGGAACCCAGUUCGUAGACCACAAAAUCAGCAAUUCGGACAGGCAUCGCAACCUCUUCAUGCAGGGGAUGGAGAUGUUCCUCCUGACAGCUUACAGCAAAAGGACCGGCAUUACUGAUCGAGACUCAUGCACCCCAGGGUUCGUUCCGAAGGACAUCGCAUUCUUGGUGCUCGAAAUGAUUGCAGGGGGGUUGCGCACCGCCGAAGCCAUCCUUGCUGGGGUUGCAUAUGGGGCAGAGGCCGAGCAUCUGUACAGAACGUACCUCUGCGUCGGUGAGGGCGUGAGGACAAGUCCUACAAGGUUUUCCGCCAACAUUCAGCAGUGGAACCAUGAUUACUUCGACUGUCGAUGGGGAGUCAGGGAUUUCCGCCAGGGCGCGAUUACCAUUGGUCGUGAAUUCAUCGCUCCAGACGACUCUUAUGAUCAAGCCGACAACAUCCUCGCUGAAUCCGCAGAUCACUCCACUGGUGUGGACCAUACACACUACGGCAUCGUCCAAGGAGUCGUCCCUAGAUUGUCCAACAACAGCAUGUGCAAGCACAGAUGGCUUGGAGAUCAGUGGCACAGUGUCCUUGGUCUUGGCCCCCUUGCGCCUCCAGAGGCAAUAAGAAUCAGGCACAAGAAUAUGUCUAACGGGACGACGCUCCAGGCCAUCGCAGAUGUGGUCAAGAAGACCACGCAAGAAACUAUCAAAGAGUUUUUGGACGCACACCGCACUGACGUCUUGAAGGACACAAUUUCUACAGCCAUAAUCAAACAGCUAAAAGACGCGACAGAUGAUGCACCGGAAAUUUCAUCGCCACUUCCAACAACAUGGAACGGGGGAUCGUUUCACUUGAGCAGUAAUUUGGACGCCAUGUUCUAUGAAGAAAGCGAAGGUAUCCGGCGAGACCCUGCUUCCUCAUCAGGUCCCAGUGGGUACAAUAACAACAGUGUUAACGCGUCCCCUGUUGUUGUGUCGCCCACUGCAAGUGGUUAUAUUCAAUGCGGAGAAAUGCUUUCGGACUCCCCACUCCCAGUAUCGUCGAUAACGAGCAUCUCACAGACCGAAUACAUAGAAGGGUCCACGACAUUCUCCGACGUGGUCCCAACAACGCAUCAGUCCGAGUUUCCUCCAUUCAAAGAUCGCAAAGGGAAGGGCAGAGCUUAUGAAACACCAGAACCUCCAUUGGUUGAUGGCGUCAUGUCGUCGUCUAUAUCUCCUAUCGCAGACAUCAAAGGGAAACGGAAGCGUGGCGACUAUGAGAACAUCCAUUCUCGAGCAUUCGCCAAUCCAGCUAGAGCGUCCAGAAGAAAACACGCGCCUCGCAGUGUCUCGCAUCACAAUUCCAUCCCAUCUACGUCCGGUUCAUACCCAGUCACACCAACUGCACACCGCGCACGGAAGUACGCACCACGGGUCAAACUAUCAUUAGAACGCGUCGCGGAAUCGACGAAACACGUUCGCAGGUUGUCUUCGGAGGUGAUGGAUAUCUCCAGCGACGAGGAGUUGUCCAGUCUUGAUACUAUACAGCUGAAACGCCUUCGUGGGUCGAGAACAUCAGUACCCCAGGUGCCUGUGGAGGUCAUCAGCCUCUCUAGCAGCGGUGAGGACUCGAGCCCAGACGAGAACAUGCCUAUCAAACGUCUUUCCCAUCAAAACGUGCAGUCACUAGUUUUGGUACACCAUCAUCGCCCCCAAGCGCCGUUCAGGACGGUUCAAGAGACAUUAGAACGAGCGAUCAGACACAUCAGGAAGGACGAUAGUGCAACAGAAAAGGACCCCCGAUCAGAUGGACAUUCUAAUGGCAGUAAUGUCUAUUGUGGUGUGCCCGUUCGUAGCUCUGCUGGACCAACAGUUUAUGGCUACCGCGUCUACUGGACUACGUUGCCACAACUACUGCGUCUCCAAGGUCGUUCCGGAGAAUGCACAGAUUUUGUUCGUGCAGGACGAGUUGUUCCAUGGAAAAAUCUCGCGCAGCAAUUCGGAAAGACGCUAAUCAGGAUUGUGCUUAUGACAGGGACGGGACCACCGCACCGUAUCGCAAAUUUCAUCAAACCAUUUGGAUUGCAUCUUGGCAUCGUCACGCAAGUUCGGCCUAUCGCGGCCAUGCAGUCUCUGGGACACCUCGUCUCCGCUCUAUGCAAACUACUUGCUGAGGAGGAACGUAUUCUGGUUUUCUGCGGCUCCCAGGGGGACGCACAAGCAUUCGCAGUGAGGCCAAUUGUGCGGUUUAUCAUAGCGAUCUCUGGGAGGCUGGAAAUAGCAGAGCAUCUAACCUUUCUCGGUGGGAUUCAGGCGAAUACAAAGGUGAUGGCAUGCACCACAGCAUUUGCCCAGGAUGCUCGAGUCGUGCAGGCAGAGACGGAAAGGAGUCUCACAGUAUUUUCCUUACUGACAGACGAGCGAAGACAUACAGGAGGACCACCGACUGAUCAAUGUAUCGGAGAGUUGGACGAUCUAGUACACGGUACGGAAUGUCGGCGCUUCGCCAACAUGACCUGCAUGGAUGGCCACAACCUCGCUGUGCGGUGCACGGAUUACCCUCCAGGGAUCCAUUGCGACGUUUGUGAUCCGAACAGCGUCAUGCAGCGAUUGUCCAUUCAGGCAAUAGCAAAACCCAUUCAGGCCACCCGAGGCAUUCCGAGCAUGCAGUCACCCCAGUUUUUUGCAAGUGGAUCUAUGCUUCAAGCACCCAUGCAUGCUCCUCCGCCCUUAUCUACUGGAUUUGUGCCAGUGUCGUCGCUUCUUUCGAUGAAUAUGAUUUCCCACACGAUCACCCCCCAGCCUUCUCAGUCGAGCGCUGCUUUGUACGACGCGGGUGCAUUAGAGCUCACUUCAUUUCAGGCUUUGAUGCUCGACCUCCAUGGAGGAAAUCCAUGGGUAAUGGUGAAUCUUCAGACAAACCAAAUCGCAGCCAUCUCUAGGAAGGGCCGUCCAUAUCGAGACUCCAUCGACCUCAUCGCUUCCCACACUGCCCGCCUGGACAAGUACAUGAAGGUCUUAAAGGACAAGUGUCCGUCACAUUUUGGUAAUGGCGGUUGUCUUGUCCCAGCAGCCAAUCACAGAAACGGGGAGGAACCAGCAUGCCAUGCAGGCUUUUCGUACCGUAAAGGUGAAAAAUGUCCAUUCGCUGGGUUCAUUUUCAAGGCGGUAUUUUGCAUGUGGCACAACCCAGGAUUUCGACAGUUAAUGAUAAACGAGAUCGGCGAAGGAGCAUCUUUGGCGAGCUAUGAGGACUUCGUGGCAUGGAUUGUGAAAGAUUCCACGGAUGCAGGAAGGUACAAUAAUUUGGUAGAAGCAUUUCUCUGGUUUUGCAGCGGUCUUGAGAAGGUCAAUCCCAAGUUUUUUGAUUGA